AUGUGUGCAUCUUAUGUCUUAAUACCAGAGACACCUACAACACGCAAAACGCUACGACACUUAAGGACAGACUCACAUGCGCUUGAAACAACCUCUCGUGAAAGAUACUUUGUAUUAUCUCAGCAUUCAAACCAGGCCAUUUUAACUUCACAACAACACACGAUAGAACAAGAAGCUCCAGCAGCACCAGAACCGAAAAAGUUCAAGAGUGGAGUAAGGAGGGGCAGCACUGUUCACGUGUUCGCAAGUGGGAUGAACGAGAUGUUCAUCCAGAAAACGUUCGCAUGUGCUGGCAACCUUGUUCACAUCUCACAUGAUGCUAAUAAGAACACCGCUUUUGUAACGUUUGAAAAUGUCGCUUGUGCAGAGGAAGCAAUCAAUCAGUUGAAUGAGAAGACAGUUGAAGGUAUAACAUUGAAGGUGUCCAUGGCUCGCAAACAACCCAACUUUGACUCCAACGCUGAACCACCGGCUGACUGGUCGGCUAUUGCUGCCAGCAGUUCGCAGAAGGGUUCGCACAAGGAUUGCAGGAGUUUGGUUACAUAUGGAGAUGAGAUGUUUUAAGGAAGGCCGUCGUCAUGAUACCGAUGAUGAUGAAGAUGAUGAUUCUGGGGUCGUGAUGAUGAUGAUUUCGUGGUCAUAAUGAUGGUGAUGGUGAUUGUAUGGUUACAGUGGCGGAUCUAGGGGCAGGAAGGGGGGGUAUGGCCUGCCCUGUUGUAUGCGAUGAAUGAUGAUGAGGUAGUAGUGAUGAUCUCCAUCUACAAUUUUCAACCGACCAUAAAUAACCCUACAGUUUAAAUUUUUUUACUUUGUACAUAAUUUUCCCUUUUUAUUUUCUGAAUAAAAAAAAACAGUUUCAA